AUGUCUAUAUUUACUACUUUAUUUCUAUCCCUAUUUUACUUAACUUCUUCGGAUUCAAAUUGUGAUCUAUGUCGAAGCGUUAUGGAGCAGUAUCAUUCCUCUUUCUCCGAAAUCGAUCCUCAUGUAAGCCUUGGCGGUGGAAACACUGAUUGGGAAGAAAAGUUUAUUGGAAAAUAUGCCUUUAGUGAACUUCAUGCAUUUGAAACUUUUGAAAGGACCUUGAAAAAGUUGGAUGAUCGCCAAACUCGGUUUCUUUUGGAUAUUGAAUCGGACAUUGAAGAAUUUUGGACUGGAUAUUUGAAAACUGGAAAGGCAGGAUUUUUUAACUUUGUUGAUAUAUUUUGCAAUGAUAAGCUAAGGCACUGCUGUCCAUUUAAUACGGCUGGUGUUAACUGUUCUGAUUGUGAGCCCUGUAAUAUCGAUCAUGGUCAUUGUGACGGUAAUGGGACACGUUUUGGUAAUGGGCAAUGCUUAUGCCAAAAGGGGUAUUCUGGAAGUACUUGUGACGAAUGCAAUCUUCGGACCCACUUUCAAACAUUCUUUGAGAAUGGGAGUCUUAAUUGCGUCCCCUGUCAUCCAUCUUGUUCUGGCGGUUGUUCAGACGACACGGCAGGUUCCUGUGUUUCUUGCGCCCAUGGUUUUUAUCUAUUGGAAAGAAAUGAUGGAAAGAAAAGCUGUCAAGAUAUAGAUGAAUGUGAAGAUUCACCCUGUAAAAGAGGUACUUUUUGCAUCAACCAAAUUGGAACCUAUUCCUGCAAAAAAUGUCCUAUUGAAUGCAAAUCUUGUAAAAGUUCUUCCGAAUGUACUGCCUGCAAAUCCGGCUAUGAAUUACAAAGUGGGGAAUGUGUCGACAUCGAUGAGUGUACCGAUACAGAUAUCUGCUCCGGUCCGCAUGAAAAGUGUGUUAAUCGACCUGGUUCCUAUCGAUGUAUAUGUAAGGAGGGUUAUCGUCAGAAGCAAGGAAUUUGUGUUCCAGCGCCUCUUAAAGGCAGCACUGCCGCCACUCGGGGCAGAUGGACUCCACAGAGAACAAUGAAACUCCUGGUUGAAUUUGGAAAGCUCAUGGCAUUCUUAGUUGCCUUCGGUGUUGUCACCUAUUUUCUUUCGAAGAGUUGGUUUCUGUCUACUUCCCUUGCUGCUGUCGCUGUGGGCGUUGUUUGUUACCAAGCCAAGGUAUUAGAUAAUAUAUAA